AUGAAUCAAAUACGAGCCAUCCAAGCGCUCAACAAGCGCGAAAUCGAAAACGGAGUACCCCCAGAAGCGUCCUGGCACACCGACUACCGCGACACCGCCUUCAUCAACUUCGGCGGCCUGCCCUACGAACUCUCCGAAGGCGACAUCAUAACAAUAUUCUCGCAAUUCGGCGAACCGGUAUUCCUCAAACUAGCGCGCGACAAGGAAUCCGGCAAGAGCAAAGGCUUCGGAUGGCUCAAGUACGAGGACCAACGAAGCACCGACCUCGCUGUGGAUAAUCUAGGUGGUGCUGAGAUCGCGGGGAGGUUGGUACGGGUUGACCACGCGCGAUAUAAACCCCGCGACGAUGAGGAUCCUGAGGAGUUUAAGGUUAGCUGGGAGGAUAUCGUGCGUCGUGAAAAGAAGGCGAAUGGGGAGGAUGUGGAUAUGCAGGAUGUGACUAGUGAGGAAGAGGAGGAGAGACGGCCGAUGAUUAGGGAGGAAAUAGAGCUGGCGAAGCUGAUUGAGGAUCAUGAUGAGGAUGAUCCGAUGAAGGGCUUCUUGAUCGAGGAGAAAAAGAAAGAAGUCGAACGCGCGUUGAGGAAGGAGGGCGAGCAGAAAGAGAAGAGAGAUAAGAAGGAUAAGGAUAAGCACAGACACCAUCACCAUCGAAGUCACCGUUCUAGGAGGGAGGAUAAAGAUAGUGAGGAGCGCGACCGCCACAGGAGGUCUAGAAGGGAUGAAACGCCUCCCGCGAAGGAAAGACUAAAGAGGGAUGUAACCCCAAUUGCGAAGGAUAGGGGUAGCCGAGAGCGUGAUGAGACUCCUCCAAGGCGAAGAGAUGUUUCUACAGAUCGCGCGCGGAGGAGACGUGACGUUGAUCAUGAUAGGCAUCACGACAGAGAUCGAAGAAAAGAUCGUGAUGAUAGAGGCAGGCACGAAAAACGGUCUAGACGCUACGUAGAUGAGGACAGGGAUAGAGAUAGAGAUCGCAAAAGUCGACGGAGAAGCAGAAGCAGAUCUCCUCGAUCAUAUAGGGAUUGA